AAAAAUGGUCUAUGCGUUUGUCUUGUUCUGUUUGUCUUUGUUCGGUUUUGUUGGUGCGUUUGGUGUGGAGACAGAUGAAAUGAAGUCAGUGUCAGUGAUCGAGGGAGAUACUUUCACUCUACAGACUGAUACUGAAAUGAAAAAAGAUGAUCUGAUUCUGUGGAGAUUCGGAGCUGAAGACUCUCCCAUGGCUGAAGUCAACAGAUCAGCCCAGAGCAUCUCAGUAUCUGAAAGUAUGAAAGGAUUUAAAGACAGAUUGCAUUUGGACCCCCGGACUGGAUCUCUCACUGUCAGGAACAUCAGAACUGACCACUCUGGAAUUUAUGAAGUCCAGAUAAUUGGAAAUAAGAUAUUAAGGAAAACGUUCAAUGUCACUGUUUAUGCUCGUCUGCCUGGUCCUGUCAUCAGCAGAGACUGUUCUUCACCAUCUUCAUCAUCUUAUUGUUCAUUGGUGUGUUCAGUGGUGAAUGUAAGUGAUGUUACUCUCUCCUGGUACAAAGGAAACAGUUUAUUGUCCAGCAUCAGUGUGUCUGAUCUCAGCAGCAGCGUGUCUUUACAUCUGAAUGUGGAAUAUCAGGAUAAAAACAUCUACAGCUGUGUGACCAACAAUCCCAUCAGCAACCAGACUCAACAUCUGGACAUUGAUGAUCUCUGUCAGAUACAUUCAGACUCAGAAUGUGUCUGUUGUUGUGACUCUACUAAAGCUGUGAUCCAAUUGGUCAUCUCUGCUCUGGUGGGUGUGGCUACUGUUGUUGUUUUGGGGUUUGAAAUCACAUCCAGAAAAGCUGAACAGAAAAGACAAACUCAGACAUCAACUUCAGUUCACUGAUUCACUAUUAAAACAAUCAACUCUCUCUCUUUUGUACCCAUUUUGCUUUCACUUUAUGAACAUUUUUUCUUUUUUUAAAUUUUUAUAUAUAUAUAUAUAUAUGCACUGUUUAUAAUUUAGGUAUAGUCAAUGUUUGUGCUGAAAAUAGCUUUUUCUAAUACACUUCAUCUCAUGCGAGUGUACAUCAAAAUAAACAUUGGCAACAGUAUUCUUUUCUUCAAAUGCACCAGAUAUACCAGA